AGCAGUAGUCGAUACAGCCACUCUGGCGCCAAGACAAGCGAUUAUUUGCUGCAGUUGCUUUCGGUCGCUCACAUGGUUAUAAAGUAAAUCCUUAAAACCACUUGAUGGUGGGAAACCUUCCUGAAAAAAGUAAAGAUAGCAGAACAUUUAUCAAUUACAUGCGUACCUAAAUUGCUGAUAACAACCUUUCUUACACCUCUAUUCUGUAAGACUGUCUUUUGAAGCGCGACAUACUUGUGUGAAGUUGCCUCGAACUUUAAAUCCAACUCUAAGUUAAAUCCAGGAAUAUUUUUAUUACGAAAACCUCUUAGGUAAAUGGAUACUAAGUUAUAAAUGUCACUGGAGCUACAGAAACGCUAUUAAGCGCCAGUUGCAGUUGUCACUUGUUUUUUGUGUACUGGGAUCGCAUCUUUUGCCAUCGCGACACUGUUCAACUGUCAUUCAGACAAUCACUUAUUUGACUUGAAAUUGAUGGACAGGAGACUGAUAGUCUCUUACAGAUGCAACCACUGUCCUCAUGGAAAUACGAUGAUUACUAAGUUUGCGUCAGAUGCCUUAGAAGAAGUUCGAGUAACUUCAACCGAGUUGGUAACUCAGUUUUUUCCCAACUGUGAAGCAUAACAUGAAUUUUAGCUAGACAUGACGGAAAACAAUAUGAAACUUGGCUGCAGUGACAAUUUUCAACGUCGGACUGUGGUCAAAAGUUAAGAAACCCAAGAUCCCAUACUCCAUGUAGCAUGUAGGAGAAAUUGUUCAGAAGAACUAUGAUAAAAAUGUACAAAAUAAAAAAUGUGAGAAUUUGAUGCACCUAGAAGUUUAUUUGAGGCGAAUGUAUCUGCACCUUUGAGAACAGCUUUUAGACGGUACCAAUAGUCGCCAGCUUAUCGAGGAUACAAGCCGGACAGUUUGUAUAUGCCCAUAUGGCUUAAAGCAAAAAUCGAAAAAUUCACUGAUGGAAUUUGGGUUUUGAUAUGACCAACCUCAGACUUUUUCAGCCUAAUCCGACGUCAACUGAAACUGUUUGAUGAGGAAGACUAUGACAGCAUGCGUGUCAUAUCCAUCCCAGUCGAUGCAGCUUCAGAACCUCAUCGAUUGACUCCCCUAACCUCAACACUGCUCACCAUAUUAUGUGGAAGAUAGAUGCGAAUGUCUAUGGUCAAAGUCAGAUAGCUUCUUUUGGUGAUCCACUUUCAGUGGCUAUUUCUCAGCCAUAAAGAAGGAAAGAGCGAUUGAUAGCUGGACAUCACGUCAACGCGAGAGAUGAUGUAAUUUGACAAACGCCACACGUAUCUGUGCUGAGAUUUGGUCAGCAAUCAAUGCAUUAGGAUAGUUGCAACUUCCCAAAUAAGUGAAGUGGCCAACACACUACAACUUCACUUCCUGUCGUCAAAAUGGUAGUCGGUGUAGACCAGUUCUACAUCAUAAUCUUACGUUUGACAGGGGCAACUCACAUGCCAAACAUUUGACGAUUGCUGCUCAAUGUGAUCAAAAGACUUAAUUUUAUCAGCGUCUUGGCAUGGGAGGAUAAUUUCAUCCUUAUAACCUAAGUCCAUUUGACUUUUAUCAGUUAUGGGUGAAGCGCUUACCAGACACACAGAAACCAAUAGAAAUUUUUGUUAAAAGCCUUACUAGCGACACUUUCCGGUUAGUUUCAUUCAACCGCAUUUUGUUUUUCCAUAUUAGUUUGUUUAUUAGAUAUAUCACAGAGAAACAGUAUUAUUUACUGGAUAUGAUUAUGAACAAAAAGUUUUGUUCGAAACGUCAUCCAGUAAAUAAUACUGUUUCACUGUGUGAUAUAUCUAAUAAACAAACUAAUAUGGAAUUACUUACUACCAGUGCCCAAGUUUUACACAUACUCAUUUUGUUUUCUUAGUCACUACUACAAUUCAUUAUAUCAUUUCAGUUCUGACAGCUCUUGACACAUAAAUUCAGCCAUCUAAUGACCAUUUUUAUCUUUUAGCCGCUUCAGCUCCAUACUCUAGUGACCACCUUACGAAGUCUUUUCAUUAUGUUGAUUAUCUAUGUAGUGUGAUUAGCACUCUUUUGGAUGUAAAGUAAAUACGAUUGAAGUCGUUGAAGUGAAGUAUGUCUUCACUGAAUGAUUGCUUGUUCUCCUUUCAAGUAAAUAGCUCUGCUAAGUCAUCUAAUGUUCGUCAAAACUUUUAUAAAGUAAUUCGUAGUUUUACUACUACAGUUAUGUAGGUAUAAUUUUACUUUAAGAUCUGUAAGUUAUAUUUGGGCAUGAAUGUUGAUGCUUUUCCAUUACUGUUAAAACUCUUUUACAGGUAGGUUUCUCACCCUACUUAAUUCUGCCACCAUUAGUAGCCAUCAGAGCCAGUAAAACUACCUAUAUUCCUUUAAAAUCACGCCGUCAACUUCAUGUUGGAGCAUUCAGCGUUAGGAUCCUUUGCCAAGGUGCACAUCAAUCUUCACUAACCUGAACUCUGGCAUCUCAACCAAUUAGAAUGUUCUGUUAGACUGCUUCACAAAAUAAGAGCAAUCCAUGUGCCUUCAAGAAAUAAAGAUAUGUUCUCGCGAACUACUGAAGUUUUGUAGGCCAAGCUUAUCGUUUCUGUGCAGGAAUAGUCACUCAAUGGAGGAUAGUGUUUAAGAAGGCUUUUUCCGCAGGGGUCUCCUUAAAAAGUUGGAGAGAUUUCUACAACCUUUAAGUGUUUGUAGUUUAUCUCACACUUACGAAUUUAAUCGGUAGCAACUGUGUUUAUAAAUUUUGACAAACAGGCGACAUAAGCUUUAACCGUUGACAACUCAUUUUCUUUAAACGCAAAUCCUGCUGGUUAUAGACGUGUAUUCUGUUCUGCCGUCCAAAUUCAUCCACAAAUACUUGUGCACCGCUUUAAUUCUGUGCGUAAUUGUGUUGAAAACAUUAGAAUACGAGAAUGCGAAGCUGCUUAUGUUACAGGGUGCUUUUUCUUGAUGAGCUUGAUGAAGAUGUUGUGAAGAGAAGAAGGAACGCUUAUAUGGAGUUUGCAAGCCUCUCGUCCAUUCGUUAUCAGUGGUUUAAAGAUUUUUUCAAGUUAUGGGUUCAAGCACCGUCUAAGGGUCCGGUUUCGUUGUUUGGUUUCGUUGACUGUGGGGAAUGCAUCGAAGACGAAUGGUUCAUUGUAUGGAUUCUUUUAGAACUUAGCAAAUUUGAUCCACGCAUUAUUAUUCAGGUUUCUGAUGAAGAUGGUGAAUUUCUUCUCAUUGAAUGUGCGGAUCACUUGCCGAAGUGGUUAAAUCCCGAAAACGCUGAGAAUCGUGUAUGGUUGUACCAAGGAAAGCUGAAUAUCCUUUGCAAAAACCGGAAGGACAAAAUGGCAUUAAAUGAUGCCUUGCAUUCUUUCAAAGUUUUCAACGCCUCUGAUUUCCUUUUGUCCAGUGCGAUACAGUCUGCUAUUCAGAAAAGAAUAAUGAAAUAUCCUGAUUCUAUUGAAACAGCGCAUUUGGCUCAUAUAACGGUUCCUUACUCAGUCGCAGCUAUCUUCACAACAUUUUAUUCGAAGUGUAUUAUUAACUCAUCUAUAGAUAUUCUAGCAGAUAAAAUCUCCGACGGUUCUGGUGUACAAUCAUGGUUGAAGUUGUUUAACAAAAAUUUAACUAUUUUCGCAAACCAUUGUAUGAAUAAGGGCGGUCCUCGUAAGCAUAUCUGGCCAAAAUUAACUGAAUUAUCAAAAUCUUACGUAACCAUUCCUGUAUGGUUCAGUCGACUUCGUUAUGCUCGACUGCGUUCAUUACCAACUCCAGGCGGAAUGAUGCAACCUCAGAGUAACAAUACUGCAUCUGGUCGCUUAGCUGCUGAACUUGGACUGAAAUUGUGUAUUGGACUUGAUCUUCUGCUAAACCAUGUUGACUCGCAUACACAAAAUUCGCAAUUCACACCUAAUUUUGUGAUUCCCAGUGAUUCUAAGGAAAAGUGGGAUAUAUUUUUUGAAAGAUUGAACCGUAUCGGCUACUUUCAGGGUGUUGCGGAGAAUUCCUGGUUGUACAGACAGCUGCAGAAUCAAACUGAAUGUCAUUUCCUCUAUUGUCUUUCAGAAGCAUCGUCGAAACCACCGGCUUACGUCACUUCUGAUGAUUUCUUAUCCAAUUCACAUACAAAAGGCCAACUUCAGGAGCACAGUGACACUUUAUUCUCCUUAUUAAAUUAUAUUGAGAACAAUGAGUCCUGUUCAUCUUUGGUUGAUAAAAUUAAUUCUAUGGAAGGAGAAAAUGGAAUACCUCCUGCUGAUGACGAGUCAUGGAUGUUCAUUACUCCGGAAGAAUUGGAUGAGAUGUUGUUGGAGCGUAAUGGAACAAAUGAACCUAAUUUACCAUGCAAUUCAAUUUCAUCAAUUCUCAAAGACUUUAUGAAUUCUUCAUCCUCCUUCAAGGGUAUUGAGCCAAGGAAACAUCGCCGUGGGAUAAAGCGAAAACCUGAAAAGCCGGGUAAUUUAAGCAGUGACGGUACAAGUUCUGAUGAAGAUACUACUGCAGAUGAAUCAGAAAAUGGUUACUGUGAAUACUCUCAUCCUAGCAUCAAGGGAAAAGAUGAUUCUAUGAAUAUGGGAGAUAUUAUGAAGUCAUUGCUGGAAGCUAAUGAUAAAAUCCUUUCGACGAAUAGCAAACCUAAAUCAAUAAUGAAGUCUUCAAAUUCAUUAAAUAACAAAGAAAACAAUAAUAAUGUAUCGGGCACAAUUAAUCCUCCACAGAGGAAAGUGUAUGAUGUGCUCACAAGUGAUGGCGAUGAUGAUGAUGAAUUGAUCGACCUUUAUGGCGUUCGUUCUGAGUAUCCAGCCUACUUUGAAGAUUGUCUAUCAUCCAGUUCUGCUGACAGUAUUAAGAUAUCGAAGGAUUCAGGAGGAAAUCAGCAAAAACAAAUUGAACGUAAAUCUCCGUUUUCACCCAAAAAGGUUAUCCCUAAAUCGGAAAAACCUAUCUGUUUCUCUAGUUCGUCAGAUGAAGAUCGUGCUGAAUCUAGGCAUGUUUCAUCCAAAACAAAGAAAUCAUUUUCGAUGAAGAAAUACUUUUCACAGUUAGAGGAUGAAUUAGAGAAUGAACCAGCAAACAUUGGCCGUUACACACCGACUGCACAUAAAUCUUCAAUGCGCCACCACUUUUCAGCUUACAGAAAAACGUUAUGCAGUACAAAGAAACCGCGUAAAAAUAUCCAACUUGCUGAACCGGAGGAUACAAGUUUCUUCGAAAUCACUAGUCACCAUAGUAUUGAUUCAUCUGAAGAUACAGAUUCGACACCAGAAAGCUGUAUAGAAACAUCGGAAUCAGAAUUAGAUCAGCAUGUUGCUCGUAAUAUAGGUGCUUCCAUUAAAGAUCCAGAGAAUCAAAGUCAAUUUCAACCUUCUGGUCCUGCUGCUCAUUUGUUAUCAGCAAUCGGUUUACCUGUGCAUGAACUGUUCAGAAGACAAAAUAUCAACAAUAGUCCUGGUUUUAAAAAGCUCCCAUAAAUAGAAGUCUUUACUAACUGGAUUGUUUACUUACACUUUUACCCACUUGUAAAUAAAUUCUAAUUUCCCUGUUCUUAUCUUA